UCCCAGCUCGCGGUGCCUGCCGGGAGCCACGUCUCCGCUGGCCAAGCCAGCGCUGCACCGGGAUUGGCGUCCGGUGGCGAUCCCGGGGCUGCUGGGAAGAUGGCGGAGAGUGUGGCUCGCGGAUGAGGAGGCCGCGGGGGAGUCCCGGCCCCCGGGCCCCGAGACCGACUGAGGCGGCGAUCUGCGCGGGGCCUGGGGAGUCAUGGUCUUCGUCACCCAACUCCAUGCUUCGAGUCCUGCUGUCUGCCCAGGCCUCCCCUGCUCGGCUGUCUGGCCUGCUGCUGAUCCCGCCAGCACAGCCCUGCUCUUUGGGGUCCAGCAAGUGGGGGCACCGGCCUCUUGGAGGAGGCCCCCAGGCCGGUCCCGUACAAGGACUGCAGCGGCUUCUGGAACAGGCAAGGAAUCCUGGGGAACUGCUACGCUGGCUGGGCCAGAACCCCACCAAGGUGCGUGCCUGCCACUACCCCGUGGCACUUCGUCGCCUGGGCCAGCUCCUGGGGUCUCAGCCUCGGCCCCCUCCCGUGGAACAGACCACCCUGCAAGACUUGAGUCAACUCAUCAUCCGAAACUGCCCCUCCUUUGACAUUCACACCAUCCAUGUGUGUCUGCACCUUGCCGUCUUACUUGGCUUUCCACCUGAUGGGCCUUUGGUGCGUGCCCUGGAGCAGGAGCGCCAGUUCCGCCUCUCUCCCAAACCUUCCAAGCCACCUCCCUCUCUGCAGCCUGCCCUCCAUGGUGGGCAGAGGCUGGAAGCUGCCCUGAGCUGCUCACGAUGGCUGCGUUAUCCACGGCAGCAGCUGAUCCGCAGCCUGGCAGAGGCAAAGCCUGAAGAACUGACUCCCCACGUGAUGGUGCUCUUGGCCCAACACCUGGCCCGUCAUCGGCUGCGGGAGCCCCAGCUUCUGGAAGCCAUCGCUCACUUUCUGGUGGUCCACGAAACUCAGCUCAGCAGCAAGGUGGUACAGAAGCUGGUCCUGCCUUUCGGGCGGCUGAACUACCGGCCCCUGGAACAGCAGUUUAUGCCCUGCCUGGAGAGGAUCCUGGCUCGGGAGGCAGGGGUGUCACCCCUGGCCACGGUCAACAUCCUGAUGUCCCUGUGUCAGCUACGCUGCCUGCCCCUCAGAGCCCUGCACUUUGUAUUCUCGCCGGGUUUCAUCAACCAUGUUAGUGGCACUCCACAUGCUCUGAUCGUGCGUCGCUACCUCUCCCUGCUGGACACGGCUGUGGAGCUGGAGCUCCCAGGAUAUGAGGGUCCCCGCCUGCCCCGAAGGCAGCAAGUGCCCAUCUUCCCCCAGCUGCUCACCACCGACCGUUCCCGUUGCAAGUACAGUCACAAAGACAUUGUAGCUGAGGGGCUGCGCCAGCUGCUGGGGGAAGAGAAAUACCGCCAGGACCUGACCGUGCCUCCAGGCUACUGCACAGACUUCUUGCUGUGUGUCAGCAGUUCUGGUGCUGUGCUUCCCGUGAGGACCCAGGACCCCUUCCUUCCCUACCCUCCAAGGUCCUGCCUGCUGGGCCAGGCUGCCUCUAGCCUCACUACCAGGGACCCUGUCCAAAGGGUGCUGCUGAUGCUGCGGGAACGCUGGCAUUUUUGCCGUGAUGGCAGGGUGCUGCUGGGCUCCCGGGCCCUGAGGGAGCGCCACCUGGGCCUGAUGGGAUACCAGCUCCUCCCGCUGCCCUUCGAGGAGCUGGAGUCACAGAGAGGCCUGCCCCAGCUCAAGAGCUACCUAAGGCAGAAGCUCCAAGCCCUGGGUCUCCGCUGGGGCCCUGAAGGGGGGUGAGGGAUGACCCCCCUAUGGGGGGUACACAAUUUGCACUUUUGAUCCCUAUAUUUUGGUUUUCCAUUAAAGUCUCCUUCUUUCCCCA